CAAGCACACCUCAAAACAUAUGAAUGUAUAUUUAUAACAAUUAAAUAAGUAAAAUUACGUAUUAAGGAGUGCAAUAAGUUGACUAAUCUAGAAAAGUCAAAGUAAAUUGCGCCAGGAGGAGAGCAAACAUUUGAAAAAUUAAAUAGAAACACACACACACACACCCACUCAACAAAAUGGAAGCAGUUGCCAAACACGAUUUCUCUGCAACGGCUGAUGAUGAACUCAGUUUUCGUAAAACUCAAAUUCUAAAGAUAUUAAAUAUGGAGGAUGAUUCAAAUUGGUAUCGCGCCGAGCUGGAUGGCAAGGAGGGCCUCAUACCCAGCAAUUAUAUAGAAAUGAAAAAUCACGAUUGGUAUUAUGGACGCAUUACCCGCGCCGAUGCUGAGAAACUACUGUCGAACAAACAUGAAGGCGCCUUCUUGAUACGCAUUAGUGAAUCCAGUCCCGGCGAUUUCUCCCUAUCAGUCAAAUGCCCCGAUGGCGUGCAACAUUUUAAAGUGUUGCGCGAUGCGCAAAGCAAAUUCUUUCUCUGGGUUGUUAAAUUCAAUUCCCUCAACGAACUGGUUGAAUAUCAUCGAACAGCGAGCGUGUCGCGGUCACAGGAUGUCAAACUGCGUGAUAUGAUACCUGAAGAGUUGCUCGUGCAGGCGUUGUACGAUUUUGUGCCACAGGAGUCCGGUGAAUUGGACUUUAGACGCGGCGAUGUCAUCACUGUCACAGAUCGCUCCGAUGAGAAUUGGUGGAAUGGCGAGAUCGGCAAUAGGAAAGGCAUUUUCCCAGCAACCUAUGUGACGCCAUAUCAUUCAUAAUAAGAUGCAACCUCAGCACCUUUCCCUCCCCAAAUACACCCACACACACACACAUGCAUACAUAAAUAUUAAGCAGAUUACACACACACACUCACACACAACACUGCACAAACAAAUUUUGGAAUUAACAUAUACACAUAUGGUAACGAUAGAUUUAUACAGUAAGCCGUAUUGCAUUUUUACGUUAUUGACAAGGCAGUUCGCAAAUCGAAAUGUAACUAACUGAUAAAACUGACAAACAAACAAUUCUUAUAGCACUGUGCUGUCCUAUAAUACUUUACAAUUGUAAAACACCAAUAAGCAGUUGCAAUUUUUGAUAGAGUAUAUAUAUACAUAUAUACAUAUACACAUAAACAUAAAUAUUUAUGCUAAGUUCAAAUUCAUGUGUUGUCCUAUAUGCAGACUUUCAGCUCCUAAUUGUGCUACAUUUGUUUUCCUUGUUUGUGUGUGUGAGUUCAAGAAAACAUAAUAUAAUAAUUGCAACUAUAUGUUUAAACAAAUUACCAAUAAAAAAGGACGCAAACAACAAGCAACUAAACUAUUGCUUAAACAAAUUUAAUUUAAACAAAUUGAUUACAAGAAACAAGUUUUGCCUAAAUGUCUCUAGUGUGAAGACAUUUAAAAAUUAU